CUAACAUGUUUUAGAAUUAACACAAUUUUGCUCUAACAUUGUUGGUUUAAAUUGUGUCUUGAUGCCUUGUGAAGAGGUGCCCUAUGAAAGCCACUCUGUGAAGCACUGAUGAACUGAAAAUCGUUAAACUUGCUUCACUGUGCUUCCCGUCUUCUAGUUAUCUUUGCCAGUAACCCAACAGUUUAGACUAAAGUUGGAAAGUCCACUUGCGUAACUGCGUACUUGCUAAAAUGCGGGAAUUAAAUAGGCGGUGCCUCUAGCUUUCUUAAAUCCGAUCAUAAUACAUUCACCGAGAGUUCAUUACCUUAACCGGCUGAUCGUCGCUCAGUCUGCAGGCGCGGGGAACUUGAAAUCACCAACAGAGCGGAUUGAAGAUAUACGGACAAAGGAAAAAGAAAAUCAAAGUGCACAAAGGUGAAUUCUUCUUGCUUGUUGGUUGUACAACACACUGACCAGACAUGAAUGGCUGCCAGGAUAAUAUCACUUGCAACAUUAGCCAAAGUUCUUCUUUAGUCAAUGCCAGUCCGGAGACACGUUGCCCUGAUGUGCAAGCUAAUUUCCAGUUUGUCCUGUUUCCUGUGGUGUACAGCAUUGUGUUUGUUCUUGGACUGGCAGGAAAUCUCACUGCACUCUGGUACUUUAUUAAAACAAGAAGCGCUACCCAGCCAUCAAAUGUCUUCUUGGUCAACUUAUGCUCCAUUGACCUGCUUCUAGCUCUGACACUGCCCCUGAAGAUCGUCUAUCAUGCUUUGGGAAACAACUGGAUAUUUGGAGAGGCCCUCUGUAAGGUUGAUGGAUCUCUUUUUUUCGGCAACGUCUAUGGCAGCUCCCUCUUUCUCAUGCUUAUCAGUCUGGACCGCUAUGUGGCAGUGGUGCAUCCUCUGUUCAACUUACGGAUCCGCAAGCCAAAGUACCGCAUCAUUCUCUCCUGUGGGGUUUGGAUAAUCCUGAUUUGUGUGAUCUUAUAUUUGACAAUGAAAGGUCCACUUACAAGCACGUUUCCUGGAACUAACAACACUGCUUGCAUGGAGAAUUUCUCGCCAACCUCCUGGAAGGACAGGAUCUCAGAAGUCAGCAUAUUGUCUGCAGUCAUUGGCUUUUUCAUCCCUUGUACUGUUAUUGUAACUACCUACCCUCUGAUUGCCUACAAACUUCUACACAGCUCCCCUUCCACUGAAGGGACUCGGGUAUCAUCUUUCCCCAUCCGUACAUCCCGUGUGAAAAAGAAGGCUUUGCGCACUAUCCUAGUGGUCUUGACAGUUUUCCUGGUGUGUUUUGCUCCCUACCAUAUUAUUCAACUAAUUCACACCCUGAGACGAAUUGGUGUCCUCUCUGGCUGCCCGCUCCUUCAAUUCACGUACCAGGCCAGGAGGGUCACCAUGGCCUUGACUAGUCUUAAUUCAUGCUUGGAUCCCUUAAUCUAUUAUUUUGCAUCGGAGAACUUCAAGCUUAAGAUUCCCUGCCUCCGAAAUUUGAAUGUCAGACACAUUACCAGCAGUUUGGCAUUCAGUUCUGGGAGGCAGCAGUAUACAGUUACAUCAGGUUCACUUACUUGAGCAAAAACUUUGGAGAUCUGGACUGAAUAUGUGCAGCAUCUUGCAGCAGUAUGAAGGUGUGACAAGUACAUGACAAACAAGGUGUAGAUGGUCCAUUAAAGGAGCAGAGAAAGGCAGUUGCAGAAGGUUCUGAAAUCAGGUCAAGUCUUGACAUUAUAGCCUUCUCACUAGACUGUGUUUUAUAAGCUUUAAUGUGGCUGGACUAUAAGCAAAUUAUCUCUGAUAUACUGGAUCUAUGUGAUAUAGAGUAUAUAGCAUAUGCCAAUAUAUGAUAGCAGAAGGAAAUCAUUUCCAAACAAAAGAUGUUCUCUUGCCAUUCUAGGGCAUCAGUAUUGUCUGACUGGCUAAUCCCUUGUUUCAAAAACAUUUUCAGGGUGGUGGAAACUUACAAUAUUCACGUUCACAUGUGAUGUGAAAGACUCUCAAGAGGAAUUUGAAGAAUGAAUUUGCUCAAAAAGGUCUCAAAUAAAUGCUGAACAAAUGAAUUCCACUAAAACUUGACUACCUGAGUCUUUGAAUACAAUGUCAGCACUGGAGAUCACCAAUGUAAGACCCAUACUGCUGUUGCCUAAUGGCUUGUACUGAAAAGUGAUGGACACGCAGAGCCAUGAAUCGACUAAGGAGGAAGGAGACAGUGGUCUGUCAGAUGUAGAUUAUUGUGGCAGAGUGGAUAGGAGGAGUUUUCCAUUAGCAUUGCAAUAUGCACAAUAAUACAGUGAUAUGUUUACUUACAUGUGAAUUCAUGUACACAAAAAGGAAGAACAAUUUAAAAUAAAAAGAAAAAAA